GCGCGCUGCCGCAGCGACAGGAGAGUCUGGCUGCAGGCUGCAGAGGAGUUUAGAGUGUGUGUGGGUGAGAGCAUCAAGAGAGCUGACCCAGCGGAGAGUGUGUGUGAGUGCCUAGUGUGGGAGACAGAGGCGAGAGCAGAACGCACGGGCAUGCACAACUUGGGAUAACUCACCUGGCUGGACAGAAACAUCUCUCUCCCUCCAUUUCGCCUAUCAUCUCUCUCCUUGCUAACGGAUUCGAGCGGUGUGAUAGACUACUGGUCUGGCUGCGGGGAAGGUGUUAAUGUGUGCCUAUAGGAUGUGUGCAUUUGGUGGGAUGUUGUGUCGCGUGGUGUCGGUGCUAUGGCUUGUCCUUUCGGUUGUCUCAGGCUUCAACCUGCAUGCGGAGCGCCCUGCGGUGUACCGAGGACCAGAGGGGAGCUACUUUGGUUACUCGGUGGACUUCUACCGACCGACCCCCGAAAGCAGCACGUUGAGUGUGUUGGUGGGAGCACCCAAGGCCAACACAUCCCAGCCAGGCAUCAUAGAGGGAGGAGCUGUCUACUACUGUCCCUAUCCCCCAAACCCUGACCCCACCAAGCAACCCUACAGCUGUACACAGAUACCCUUCGACAACGCCAAUAACAGGAUGAUUAAGGUUAAUGGCACCAGGGAGCCUCUGGAGUUCAAGUCUCACCAGUGGUUUGGAGCCUCAGUUAGAACUCACAAAGGCAAAGUGGUGGCCUGUGCUCCUCUCUACCACUGGCGUACUGUGAAGGUGAACGGUGAGAAGGACCCGGUAGGAACCUGCUAUGUUGCCGUGCAGAACUUCAGUGCCUACGCAGAAUACUCACCCUGUAGGACCAAUGAUCCAGACCCAGAGGGACAGGGUUUCUGCCAGGCCGGGUUCAGUGUGGACUUCACCAAGGAGGGGACACUGGUGGUGGGCGGACCUGGCAGCUUCUACUGGCAAGGUCAGGUGAUGACUGCAGGCGUAGCAGAGAUAUUGAAUGGUUACUCUCUGAAAGCCGUGCUCAGGAGAGUCCCUGGAGAGAAACACACACACGCUGCAGCUGAUACCCAUGACGACAGCUACCUAGGUUACUCUGUGGCAGUGGGGGAAUUCACAGGAGACUCAGAGCAAGAGCUGAUAGCUGGUGUUCCUAGAGGGGCUCAGAACUUUGGAUAUGUAGCUGUGAUUAACUCCACUAAUCUGACAUUCAUCAUGAACUUCACAGGCGAGCAGAUGGCUUCCUACUUUGGCUAUUCUGUGGCUGUUACUGACCUCAACGGAGACGGGUAUGAUGAUGUACUGGUAGGAGCACCUCUCUACAUGGAGAGAGAGAGGGAGAGUAAGCCCAAGGAGGUGGGCCGUGUCUACCUGUACCUCCAGCACUCCCCGCUCACCUUCUCCGAGCCCCUCCUCCUGACGGGAACACACACCUUCGGACGCUUUGGCACUGCCAUCGCCCCGCUAGGAGACCUCAACCAGGACGGAUACAACGACGUGGCAGUGGGUUGUCCAUUUGGUGGGGAGGACCGGAGUGGCCUGGUGUUGAUCUACAAUGGCCAGAGAGACCUGACGGCCCGCGGCCUAACCCUCAGCCAGGAGCUCUAUGGAGCCUGGGCCUCCAGUAGUGGCCUCUCCGGCUACGGUUUCACCCUGAGGGGGGACAGAGACCUGGACAACAACCAUUACCCUGAUCUGAUAGUGGGAGCAUUUGGUAAAGGGGAGGUGUCGGUGUACAGGGCUCGUCCUGUAGUGUCAGUGGAGGCAGAGAUGAUCCUGACUCCUAGAAUCCUGAACCCUGACGACCGAUCCUGCCUCCUGACAGAAUCUGAUACCAUGGUGACCUGUCUCAGGGUAGAUAUUUGUGCGAAGGUGAGCGGUGUGGGGAUCCCAGACUCUGUAGUCCUGAAUGCAGAGCUGCAACUGGAUUGGCUUAAAGGUAUGAGGGGCGGAGUUAAAAGAGUUAAUUUCCUGGAUUCCCAUCAGCCCCAGCACACAGGGGUCCUCACGCUUGGCCACAGCCAUCCUCACUCCUGCCUGAACUAUACUGUCUACCUACGAGAGGAGGAGGAGUUUAGGGAUAAAUUGACUCCCAUUUCAUUGGCUCUAAACUACAGUUUAGCCCCUCCUUCCAACCUGGAUCUCCCCCCUGUCCUCAACCGCUACAGCAGUACCUUCCUGCAGGAACAGGCAUAUAUCCUACUGGACUGUGGGGAAGACAACAAGUGUAUUCCAGACAUCCAGCUGUCUGCAAGCAUGGACCGUACAGAGCUGGUGGUCGGGGAUGACAACCUGGUCAUGUUGACCAUAAACGCGGUUAACAAAGGAGAGGGGGCAUAUGAGACUGAGCUACACACACUCCUACCCCCUGAGGCUGAUUACAUAGGAGUGGAACGCAGGAUAGAGUCUCUAUCCAGGUUGAACUGUGAGUACAGGAUGGUGAAUGACUCCAGACUGGUGGUGUGUGACCUGGGGAACCCUAUGGUUGCCGGAACAGAAGUAUCUGUAGGUUUAAGGUUUGCUGUCCAAAGGCUGGAUGAUGCCGGUCCUCACAUUGACUUUGACCUACAGAUCCACAGUUCAAACGAAGACAACUCCAAGAGCAACCCAGUCAGUCUGUCUCUCUCCAUCUCUGCCAGAGCUCAGCUAGACCUGAGGGGGGUGUGUCAUCCCUCUCAGGUGGUUCUUCCGUUUCCUCACUGGGAGCCCAAAGAGAAGCCGGUCAAAGAGGAUGACGUAGGACCCCAGGUCACACACAUCUACGAGCUCCAUAACUCAGGUCCCAGUAGUAUCCGGGAGGCGGAGCUCCAGGUGGGCUGGCCCUCUCGUUUCCGUGACGAACACCUGCUCUACGCUCUGGAGGUUCUAACAGAUGGACCAAUCAGCUGCCGGAGCAACACCAGCCUCAACCCCCUGGGCCUACAGACAUCCUCUGUCCAGGACACUCCAGAAUUGUUAGGCUUUCUGAGAAACAGUAGCUCUCCUCACCGCUACAGACGAGCCACCAACGCUGCCCAGCCCUACAGCAGCAAGACCCUGAACUGCAGUAACAUCAUUUGUCUAAGAGUUCUGUGUGUGGUCGGGCGGUUGGACCGUGGUCAGAGCGCUGUAGUCAAGAUCCGCUCCCGACUCUGGGCUCACACCUUCCUCCAGAGACGUAACGACCCAUACCUCCUCAACUCUACCGUGUCCUUCAGAGUGACGGCCCUGCCCUACCGCCUCCAACCCUCCUCCUUACCCCAACACACCACUUCAAUGGGUACACUGGUACUGUGGGGGACUCCUGAUGUGGCGUUUGCUGUUCCUCUGUGGGUCAUCAUCCUAGCUAUCCUACUGGGACUGCUGGUCCUGGCCAUGCUAACACUGGCUAUGUGGAAGUGUGGGUUUUUUGACCGGGCACGGCCGCCAGCGGAUGACGUGUCAGACCGUGAGCAGCUGACCUCUGACCAAUUAGCAGACGCCUAAGAACACCCACUGGUGCCAUGGAGACCAGUUCCUGAUUCGAGGAGGCUGUUUGGGAUGAGUUCCACCUCUUGAGUGAAAUUCAACUGAAAUGAGAUCUGCAGGCAGACUGCAAACUCACAGAUCAAAGGUUAUUUACCCCUUUUAAAGCUGAUCUGACAUCAGUGAGUGGACUGCAAACUCACAAACCAAAGGCUGAAGUGCCAUUAAGACUGGUAUUCAAAUAGCACCAGAGAGACUGGGAACAAUGCACACAGACGGAACUACAUACAUUAACACUAUUUAAGCAAACACAAUGACUUGGAUGUUUGAGGCCUCAAGACAAGUAGAAUGGACUCUGGUUCUAACCCUGCUUGUAGUUGAAUAUGUUUCUAUGCACCGCUUGCCUCUGUGGGUUAGACUACUUGGGGAUCUGUAUGGUUGGAUAAUUCAGUUGGAGUUAACCAGCCUGGCUUACUUCAAAUGAAGUUACCAUCUGAUGUCAGUGACUUUGUGUCCGCCUGCUUUCACUGUUAAAUACAUUCCAUCAUUGAUCAAUCACACACAUGCACACACACAUGAAUACACACGCAUGCACACACACACACAAACACAGGGGGCUGUAUAUAUCUAUGGAUGGUGUAUGUGCAAUAUUGGGACAUUCUGUGUGAUACUGAAGCUUGUUUACACUGGUAUUAUUUUAUUAGAACUUGAUGUUCAAAUUGUUUGUGUAUAUUGUUUAGUUAGUAUACUAUUGUGUAUGUGAGUGUUUUUGUUGGUAUAUUAGUGUAUGUGCCUCCAGAAAGUAUUCAGAACCCUUAACUUUUUCCACAUUUUGUAAUAUUACAGCCUUAUCCUAAAAUUCAUUAAAUCGUUAUUUUCCCUCAUCAAUCUACACACAAUACCCCAUAAUGAAAAAGCAAGAACAGGUUUUUAGAAAUGUUUGCACAUUUCCUAAAAAUAAAAAACUUAACUAUUACAUUUACAUAUGUAUUCAGACCCUUAACUCAGUCUGGGGUCCUAACCUGUUUCAGAGCGCUUUUCAUCAAGGAUCUCUCUGUACUUUGCUCUGUUUUUUCCCUCGAAUCUGCCAAAGGUGCUUCAGCAAAGUACUGAGUAAAGGGUCUGAAUACUUAUGUAAAUGUGAUAUUUCCGGUUUUCUUUAAAAAGAAAUGAGCAAAAAUGACUAAAAAUCUGUUUUUGCUUUGUUAUUAUGGAGUAUUGUGUGUAGAUUGAUGAGGGGGGAAAACUAUUUAAUCAAUUUAAGAAUAAGGCUGUAACAUAACAAAAUGUGGAAAUAGUCAAGGGGUCUGAAUACUUUCCGAAGGCACUGUAAGUGUUGAAAGAGAGCAGUGUUUAUAACGGGUCCAACUGUUUAAAAAAAAGAACGUGGGACUGGGCUAAAUACAAAAGGAAUUGCAUUAACAUUAGCAUUAUACAAUGUGAGAGGUUUAGGCCUAGAUUCAAUCAGACCCAUUGUUAAUCGGCGCUAGCCAACACCCCACAACUAGCCGACACCCCCAGAAUGAUUCCAAACACAUUUAAAAAGAAAGGGAAAGUCAUUGAGUUACAUAUCAGAAAACACAACACUAAAGUAUACAACAUAAUAUUACUUCAAUACAAAGCAAAAAUGUAAUAGCCUAACAAUGUCAGGUGAUUAGGUGAUCUUCUAGGCCAAUAUAGCAGUAACCUCAAGGGCUGGCGGGGAGGCCAAGAGCACUAAUCUGGAGGAAGGUGAUCCUUUAGGUCUAUGUAGCAGUAACCUCAAGGGCUGGGGGUGGGGACAAUAGUACUAAUAGGAUAUCAUCAGGUCCCAGCUGAAAUAAAAUGAGUUGGUUGAGCCUUGAAUGGUCUACUUAAUUUUGUCUAAUUUUAGGAAAAUGAGUUGGGCCAAAGAGAGGCUGAGGGAGGAUUGAUAGAUCCAAUAGAAUCCAAUCCAAUAGAAUCCUUCUGCAUGCCAACAGGGAGGCAAAGGCAAUGGCAUCUAGCUGUCUAUUGGUCAGGGAAGGAUUGUUGUUUGGUACUCCAAAAAUGGCCAUUUCUGCACUAGGCUGCAACUCAAUAUCCAAUGCUUCAGAAAGGGUUUUAAAUAUAGUGGACCAGUAGUCUGCCACACGGGGACAAGACCAGAAUAUGUGAGUCAAAUGCACCAAGGAACUUUUACACCUGUGACAUGUACCAUCAAUAUUUGGGUAGAAUUUGGAGAGUCUGGCUUUACUGAAAUGGAUACACUGAAGUACCUUAAACUGUAUAAGGCUGAGCCGGGCACAAGAGGAGCUUCCAUUUACCCUAAGUAAGGCACUAUUCUAGACUUCGUCCGAGGUCUCUCAACCAAGUUCCUUUUCCCGCUCAGAUCGAAUUUUAUUAAGUGACGGGUUAUCAAGGGACAUGAUUAUCAAAAAAAUAAAUACAUGUGGAAAUACCUAAAUACUCUUGAAUGGGGUAAUUACAUUUGAUAGCGAGGUCAUCAAAAUUGGCAAAGGUGCCAUCUAUAUAAAGGUCACUAAACUUAGUAAGGCCAUUCCUCUGCCACAGACUUCAAGCUGAAUCUAGAUUGACUGGAAGGAAGAGGUGAUUAUUAUAUAUAGGGUUUUGAAUAGAGAAAUCACAGAAUUUAAAGUGUUGACGGAAUUAAGGCCAAAUUUUAAGAGUAUUGACAACAAUUGGAUUGGAUGUAUAGCGCAAAGCUGAAAGAGUAAGAUUGGAGGUGACUAAAGCUGACAAAGAGUUAGAGAAAUAGGAGUUGACUUCUGUUUGACACCAGUCAGUUUCUGGGGUGCGACGCCAGUAAACAAUAUUUUGUAUAUUCGCUGCCCAGUAAUAAUACAUAACGUUAGGAAGGGCUAGUGUGUUCUACCUCUCUGGAGGAAUGCUUUAUGUAUUCUUGGACUCCCACCGCUCCCCCCCAAAAGAUAUAAGCUUAUCCACUAAAGUGAAAAAAGGCUUGGGUAGAAAAAUAGCUGAUGUUUUGGCAGUGUCGGAGGUGUAACUGCAUUAGAGCAGUCAAAUUGGUGAGCAGCUGCUCUUGAUCACUGUCAUGAAGCCACACCUUCCCACUGGCGUUAGAAGUUCAGAACGAGAAAGUGUAGGCUAUAUAGAAAUCAUGACGCUCUAAUUGAAAAUCAUUCAACUAUGAGGCUUUCUUUCAGCCUAAUCGAGGUGAAGAUUUCAUCUCACAUUCUCGUGUUCAAAUUUGUAAACAAGGCUACAUGGGAUUUCUCUUAAUGCGACGCUGUGCAGCCAAUGGUAAUGUCCGCUUUAUGGAUAAACCAGGAGCCGCUUGUGGAUUUGGCAGCUCUAGCGCAGUUACACCGCCAAAACAACCACUAUGCAGAUGUUUGCUGAAGUGGAUCUGAUUGAAUAGAGCCAUUAGGGAGUAAGGUUCAAACUUAAUUUCAAUUUACUCCACUUCUAGUAAUUCACAGUAUGUAAAUAUGAAGGAUUUUUGUCACAAAUUUGAUUUUUUUUUUUUUUUUUGUACUGAAGAAUACUGAAAGAUUAUUGAAAUAAAGUGUCCUUAAUUGCCAAGUCUACAUUUUAUAAUAUUGUUUAGUGUGUUCUAUCUCUCUGGAGGAAUGCUUUACGUAUUCUUGGACUCCCACCGCUCCCCCCAAAAAGAUAUAAGCUUAUCCACUAAAGUGAAAAAAGGCUUGGGUAGAAAAAUACUCGCUGUCUCUUAUCACUGUGUUUUUAUUGUGAACAAUUGUUUUUAUUGAAUCACAUCAUAACCAAUACAAUCAAUAAAAAACAAUACAAUUUUUUUA